AGAGUUCCUGUGUAACCUUUGACUUCUGAACAUGGCUGCCAUGAGGAAAGUGCUGCUUGCUGCUCUUGUUGCUGCUUUUGCUGCUUUCAUUGGACACAGAUUUCUUAAACUAAAGGAAAUGACCCUUGCCUCCAGAGAAGUGGAAGUGAAACACCUCAAAUGUCAUUAUUUAAAUAAUAUUGAAUAUGGGGCAGAGGAUAUCACAAUACUUAAAGAUGGACUGGCCUUCUUGAGCACAGGGCUGAAGUAUCCUGGAUUGCCUUCAUUCUCUGAUGAUCCAGGGAAAAUGUACAUUUUAGAUCUGCUGCAUCCAAAGCCUACUCCAGUGCAGCUACAAAUCAAAGGAGAGCUGGACCUCAGCUCUUUCAACCCACAUGGCAUUAGCGUAUACACUGAUGAAACAGAUGGCUCUGUAUACCUGUUUGUUGUCAAUCACCCUCAGCACAAAAGCCAGGUUGAGAUCUUCCGUUUUGUUACCGAGGACACACUUGUGUACCUAAAAACUAUUACCCACCAUCUACUCCACAGCGUGAAUGACAUUGUUGCAGUCGGAGUCGAGAGCUUCUAUGCCACUAAUGAUCACUACUUUAUCAAUACUGCACUUAACUCUCUGACCGCCAUCCUGGGUAUGCCCUUGUGCAACGUGGUGUACUACAGUCCAGAGGAAGUUAGGGUGGCAGCCGAUGGUAUUAUGUCCUCAAACGGCAUCAACAUAUCACCUGACAAACGGUACAUUUAUGUUUCAGACAUCAUAGACCAUGAGAUAAAUGUUUUUGAAAGGCAAGAAGGGGAACAACUAGUGUAUAUUAAGUCUGUAGCUGUUGGGUCACUUUGUGAUAACAUCGAAGUGGACCACAAGACAGGUGACAUCUGGCUGGGCUGUCAUCCAAAUGCCAUGAAGCUGUCAACAUUUGACCUCAAAGAUCCACCUGGCUCUGAGGUCAUCCAGAUCAAGAACAUUCACUCAGAGCAGCCAGUGGUGAGCCGGGAGUACGUUGAUAAUGGCCAUGUAUUAAUGGCCUCCAGUGUAGCAGCUCCCUAUGAGGGAAAGUUGCUUAUUGGCUCUGUUUUCCAUAAAGCCCUGUGCUGCGAUUUGAAAUAAUCUAUGUAUUCUAUGUCUAUGAGUGCUACUGUUAUAGACUAGAAAUGUUGUACCAAAAGAUCUGGAUGCAUAUGAUUAUCAAAAAAAUAAAUAAAAUAUUUUACCUGA